UAAAAUAAAUAUCUUAAUACUGGCAGCACAUUUUGAGAUAAGGUUCAAAUGUCAUUGCUACUUUUCGUUACAAAAGAUGUUGAUGGGAGAGGAAAUACAUUCACAUAAUCAUUUGGAUCCGGUUGAUUUUAAUAUGAUUACCGAGCAUAUGGGAGACUUCAACGUAAAUGAAGAAAUUGAUUUGUUUCACAUCGAAUUAACAUCUGCAUUACAUAGAAAGCUGAUGAGCAAGGUGGAAGCUCUACGUAUUAUACGCAAAGAAUUGGAGCAAUUUCGGACAGAACGUGACCAAUUCAAAUUGAUGGCAGAAACGUUGCAACUAAGGUAUUCUGCCUUAACGCGCAACAAUGGGUACAAUGGGUGCGUCGGUAUAGACGGUAAUAAAUCUAGUGUUGCGUCAAUAUUACAUGAAACCCGCGAACGAAAUAUAAAACUAACCACCGAAGUAGAAUCUCUGAAACAAAAACUAAACGAACUGCGUGGUGAUAUUGAACUUCUUAGAUCAUCCAGCAAAGAAGGAAAUUGUGAAAAAACACAAAUGGACAUGGCUGACGAUACUAAUAAUAGCGAUGCUCUUCAAUGGAAGAAAGAACGAUCAAGUUUUAUCUACCAUUUGGAGAACUUAAAAAAAAAGAAUUUGCAACUAGCCUUUGAUUUAAAAACUUUGAUUGAUGAGAAAGAAGAUAUCGUAUCUGAACGAGAUGCUUACAAAUGUAAGGCUCAUCGGUUAAACCAUGCGUUGUUAAAUGCACUGAACGCGAACAUAGCACAUCCACAGUUCCUUGAUAUUGAUGGCAUAUUACUGGAAAAUAAGUACCUGCAUGAACGUUUAAAAAACUUUGAAAGCGAACUUGAUAUAACUAAACAAUCGUUAACCAAAUACAAGACUAUGUUGGAAACGAAGCGUAAGAAGGGUAUAGUUAAACUAGGUUCUAGUGCAAAUGAUGAAAGUAUUUUAUCUCAUAAACAAGUUAAAACAAUGCUUGAGAAUGGUGUGGACUUGCCCACAAAAACCGAAACAAUUCAAGACUUAAAAUCUCUUUGUUUGGCUCUACUGGAUAAUUUAAACGAUAAACAUAUUGCCUUAAACCAUCAGAAAAAAACCAACAAAAUUCUUGCGGCAAAAAUUGCUGAAUUAGACCAACGCAUUCAGUGCUUAUCGGGCAUUGAAACUACAACUGGAACAACAUCAUCUUGCAUUAGUGAAUACUCACCUACUCAGUUAUUGCUGCAACACUACAGCGCUUCAUCUGUGGACUCGAGUGACAUAUUAGAAACAGACACAGUAACACCAACUACAGCUAAUCCGAAAUAUUCAGUAAUCCUUAAAUUAAACGAUACUGAAACUUUGACAACUGAAAAUGAAGAUUCAAAAACGUCUCGUUUGGGUAUAUCAGAAGACUGCGUAGACUCUCUAUCAACAGAAUCUGGCCGGAGUAUAUUAUCUUCAGAGUACGGCGGUUUCGCAGAAGCUUUAGGUAUACGUAGUCUCAACGAAUUCUCCAGAGCUGCCAUAGAUGCGUACAAGACACCAUCUACCACCACAGAAUCGGGAGAUAACUCAAGCACAAAAUACAAUUCAAAUUCUCAGUCACAUCACAUAGACAGAGAUAUCGCUAGAGAAAGGUAUAACGAUUUAAAAGACUUACCACCAGAGCUGGCUGCAAUGGUACAGCAAGCACUCCAUGAAUUAGAUAUGCGUGAUUUUGAUGAAAUGGUGAACGUAAAUGUAAGUGACUAUGACAGAGCAGUUAAUGCCAAAGUAUUCCCAAAUAUUGCCACUUCAUAUGCAGUUGACAAAAGAGAAGAAAAAUCACAAACAGAAGUUUAAAAGGAUUUUUCUGCCAUUAAAUUUGAAAAUAGGAAAAUUUUAUCCGAAAGUUCUUUUUUAAAGCAUCGGCUA